UUGUUUGAAAAAUGUUCAGUUUCAUUGUGUGUGUUUUAGUUGUCAUGUGAUCUGUAGUAAGAAAUUCUGCGUUUUCUUCAUAACUGUUGUACUUGAUGGGGUUUUGUUGCUUUAACAUAGUUGAAUGAUUCUUUUAUCUUUGUCUUUGCUUGUUAAUUUGACUCAUAGGGACCAAAUGGGAAGUUGUGCUUCUGCAAGAUUCAUUUCCAUCCAACUUUUGAGUCAUAUGAAAUCUGGUGUCAGUAGCUGAUUUUACGAAUGAAAAAGUAGAAGUUGUGGCUGCUGUUUUCGACCAGCUCAUCUCCGGGCCACUCACACAGUCUAUGACUCACUGGUCUAAAUGGAAGUGGCAGGAUGUAUUUUCUGUCUUUGCUGUGGACAUUUGUGUUUGCAUCUCUGUGUGUGCGAGUGAGCCUUUUACUCUGAACUGCGUUUGAUUGUUUCUGGAAGAGAACUGAUUAUAAAGCGUUGGCAAGAGCAAUAACAGGAACUUUGGACUACUGAAGAGACAUAAUAUACUGGUUCACUGGAACACAAUAAUAGGGUAAUUCUUGUUGAUAUUUUAGGACUUCCUGUUGGUUUAUCUGCUGUAUUAUUCUGUGGAUGUUGUGAUGCCUCUGCAGAAGAUGGAGCAGAGCUCAUGUACAGAGGAUCGUAUCCAGCAUGUCCUCGAGCGUUGCCUCUGUGACCUCGGUCUCGACACUCCUGACAAACAACUCUGGAACGCUGGGCUGUGCAUAAACCGCUGGUGUUUGGAGGAACUUGUGAAGAGAGAUCCCCACAACUUCCUCAUCCUUCUACAGAAAGUGCUCAGGAAAACGCAGGAGGUGCUACAGCAGUGUCGGUAUGAACUGGUGGUGCCCCUCACUCUCCUGUUCUCUUCAACCCUCCUAAAAGCUCCUCAUGUGGCUCCAGACAGCGGCCUGCUGCAGGAGGCCUACCUGUUGUUCCAUAGUUUCCUGGCCUGGCCUGAGCCUUGCUGCUCUGCCAGUAAACGCCUGCUGAAUGUCAUCCAGCAGGAGCUCAGAGCACCAGGUAUUUCAUUUCAAAGACUGGUAAGGACAGAGCAGGGUGUUUCCCAUGAGAUUCACUGCUCUAAAACCAUGACGGUGCUGUUAGUGAACGCAGAUGAGGACGUCCCUCCAGAGGUCCAGUCUGUCUCCGAGCAGCUGAGUAGCACCAAGCACUCCAACAGAGACGUCACCAUCAUCCUCAUCUUGCACGGCUUUCAGGCUGCUCUGGGCACCAAACACGACCUGCAGGCGCUCCACGCUGCCCUGCAGGCAAAGCAACCCGAGGAGCUGGAGCAGCUCCUGGAGGCAAUGACUGACAGUAUGGAGACAGCAGCCUCUGCAGCAGAUCUCAGCACAGCCAGACAAGGUCUACUACACAGCAUGGAGAGGCUCAGAGAAAGCCUCGCUGUUCCUGCUCCUGCUGACGGCUGCCCGGAUACUGGUGCUGUUGAGACUUUCAUGCUGCCCUUCCCCAAAUGUCACACAUGCUCCUGGGAAAACGACAACUUUGAUAUUCUGAACCGCAUUCUUGCAAGCGACUCCGACCUGGACUCACCUGCAGACUGUUUCCUUAAAACAGAAAUGGAUGAGGAUGAUAAUAAUGACACCAGUGUGGAUGAGGAAGACGAAGCGGAGGGGAACAAAGCGGACCACGAGUUUCCAAACCACCGCAUCUCCACUGCAUCCUCUUCCUCGAGGGACUCCAUGUUUUCCAGCUACUCUCUCUCCUCCAGCUGGUCUGCGGUCUCCACGCCGUCUGGCUCGUCAGGUGUGGAAAGUGACUUCAGUGAGGACACAGCACACGAGGACAAGGAGGAAGGACAAGAUAGCCAACCAAAGCUUAGAAAGAAACCCAAAAAGAAGUCCAGAUCCAUCUUAGGUGUAGAGCGCUUCUCCUUGCUUUUCAAGAAAUCCCACAGCCCGAGCGUUUGCCGCCGUGCCCAGAGUAUGGGCUACCGUGAGGAUAUUCCCAAAGACUUUCAAAGAACUGGGUCGCAGCUCAAACACUCCAGGUACUUGUCCAGACCAGUUCAUCCCCUGCAUGCGUCCCCUGCUGCCCUGGAUCCUCUUUCCCCCCAGAAGCACAUGUGCGUCCGCAGGAGGCCGAUCCUGAGCUGCGAUGAAGGCGAUGUGGCGCAGGUGCCUACCCUGGUCAAAGUGGUGGUAUUUGGAGGUGACAAAGAGGCUGGCAGGCUGGCCAGGGCCUACAGCGACCUGCAGCAGAAAGAGAGUAAAUGUCCCCGACUCACCAAGACGUGUAAACUGCAGUUUUACUUUGUUCCCAUCAAAAGGAGAACUAUAGGAAGCCCAGGAGGCGGACAUACACCGACUGAAGGGCAGAUAGGAAGUUCAAGCAAAGCCCCUGCCUUUGUGGAGUCCAAUGGCAGUGUACUGGAGGACAGUACAACUGAUAUAGCCCAGAUGUUGGGCAUGAUCGACCCCUGGUACGAGCGGAACGUCCUCAAUCUGCUCAGCCUGUCCUCUGAUGUUAUUUGUCAGACGGCCGGUAAGGAAGGCGAUGAGUCAGUGAGCAGUGGCAGCAUAGAGAUUCUUCCUCUGCUGGCCGACUUGGUGCUUUAUUACUGCAGACAUGCAGACCAGCCUGUUCUGGUGCAGCUUUACCAGGCUGAGCUGACCCUGGCUGGAGGAGAGAGGAGAAGGGAAGUGUUUAUUCACUCCCUGGAGCUCGGUCACACUGCUGGAACCAGAGCUGUUAAGGCCAUGGGUGCUGCCAGCAAAAGGUUUGGAAUUGAUAAAGAAUGGGAGGCUGUCCCUUUAGCACUAAGUGUUGCCUACAAUAAGGUCGCUGUCAGUGGUAGGAGUCAGUGGACCCAGACAGAGAUGGUGUGCACAUCGAUAAAUCUUUACAAAGCCUGCAGGAAACCUGAGCAGCUCGAUUCAAGAAUAGAAAGUCUGCAACUGACAAUGGCGGAAGUCAGCAAGAGCUCCAAGUCUAAAAAGAACAUUUCCAUAUCAGAGGUGAAGGUGGACAAGGUGCAGGUGAGCGGUGGAGACGAUGGGACAACCUUUGCUGUGUGUCUGGAUCAGGAUGAGAAGAAGUUCAUCCAAAGUGUCACCAGGUGUGAAGUGUCUCCGUGCUGUAAACCAGGAGGCAGCUCAGACUGGAGGUCCUACAAGCCCUUACCUGGCCAAGUGCAGCCUCUGCACCCAUCCUACUGUUCUCUGCUCUGCCUUCCCAUCACGUCUUUCUCUGCCUCAUAGUCCUGACACACUUGUUACUACACUGAGCGAGUCCAGUGGUGAUAUACUGUAUAACUUACACAGGGACUUUUAAACCAAAGUUGCACAGUACUAAUAAUGAGGGUGGCAUUUAUUGAGCUAUAUUUCAGGUUUGUCCUGUAACUUGCGUCAAGGUGUGUCACAUUGUUGUUGUUUAGAGGAUUGUUUUUUUCAGCCUUCUACAGCUUUUUUUUACCUUCAUCGCAUCUUUGAGGACAGUUUCAGGACCUUGAAAAAAAAAUAUUAAUGCCAAUCUGUGAGCUCUUUUGGAGAAAGAGAGUUUUACCAGUGAACGUCAUCGAAAUAUGCAUAAGAAUAUGCACAAAAUGAUGUUGGAGGAUUUCACAGUCUCUGCAGGGCUUUGAGGGAUGUUACUUGUCUAUUAAUUCAAUUAUCUGCUGUCAGUAGCAUAAAACUGAUUACUUGAUUACUAUUGUGUACGGUCUGUGGAUCCAUGACAGAGUAAAACCCUUUUUUUUUUUUUUAGAACUGUGUAAUAAAAUAAGCUAUUUAUUUUGAAGUGAUAGUGCUGAAAAUGUGUUUUUUUAAAUAUAUUUCAGACAUUUCAUUCUGUUUUUAUAUCUCACACAAUUGCAAUAAAAUCAUUCUUCAGUCA